CAGGCCCCGCGCUGCUGCCCGGGAACUGACCGGCCUCGGACCGCCGCCCAGAGCCCACCAUGCACCCAGCCCAGCAUGGAGCCUGCCGGGAGCCUCCUGCGCGGCAAGCCCUUCUACUGCCGGGAGUGGGCGCUGGGCCGGCUGGCGCUCAGCCUGGAGCGGGGCGGCGGGGUGCUGGUCACCGGGGGGCCCGGCAGCGGCAAGACGGCGCUGUGCACCGAAGCCCUGUGGCCCACCUCUGAGCCGGGCCUUCGCGUGGGUCUGGGCGACUCUGCCCUGGCUUGGCACUUUUGCCAGGCGCACGAUGCCACUACCUGCACUCCCCAGGGCUUUCUGAUCCGGCUGGUGGGACAGAUCGAGCGCUGCCCUCUGCUGCCCGGCUACGCUGAGCGCCUCUGCCGGGUCAGGGGCCGCCACGCCUUAGAGCCGGCCAUGUGCAAGGACCCGGACGACAUCUUCCGCAGAGCAGUGCUGCUGCCCUUGCUGGACCUGCCACCCCCCGUAAAGCCUCUGCUGAUGGUGGUGGAUGCGCUGGAUGUGGGCAAGAGAGACCGGGAGGAGGAGGACGACGAGGAGAGGGGCCCCGCUCCAGGGCCCAGCCAGUCCAUUGCCCAACUUCUGGGAAGCCACCUGCGGCUGCUGCCCCCCUGGCUGCUCCUGAUCUGCAGCGCCCGCUCUCACAGCAAGGGGGUGCUGCGCCUCUUUCCUGGGUUCCGACAGCUGUGCCUCGAUGACCUCCGGAGGGAACCCGUUGUCGGUGACGUUCAGCAAUACAUCCUCGCCCGGCUGGAUCGGGAGGAAGCACUCCGACAGCACUUCGCCCCGGACACAACUGGAGCCCUGAGCCAGCUGCACAUUAAGAGCAACGGGUGCCUCCUGUACCUGGAGCGGGUGUUAGACGGAGUGGCGGAAGAGCUGGUCGCCCUGCGUGAAGUCUGCCACAUCCCAGGGACGCUCUGCGGACUCUACCUUUGGCUGUGCCAGCGCCUCUUCGCCCACAACCAGUUUGCCCUGGUCCGCCCUCUGCUAGAGGCCCUGCUGGCAGCGCCUCGCCCGCUGAGGCCUCGUGAGCUUCAUGCUGCCGUCUGGACGUGCCAUCCGGUGUCCUGGGAGGGCUUUGAGGACCGUCUGGCAGCCUUAGCCGGACUCCUUCAAAAGGGCCCAGGGGACACUUGUGUUUUCUUCCACACCAGCUUUGCCGAGUGGCUGUGUGACAUCAAGCAUUGUACACAGAAGUACCUCUGCUGCCCAGCCUGUGGGCAUGCCCUGCUCGCCAUAAGUGCCUCCUGCCGGGCACCAGAACUGAGCCCAGAAGAAGUGAUCGAACUGGCCCGACACUUGCUGGCGGCCAAGCUCAGCCUGGAGGGCUGGCAGCUGGCACUGUGGCUGGUGUGGUGCAGGGUGCCCGUGGAGCGCUGCUUGGAGUCGGAGCUGCUGACGCCACUGGAGCCAGCCGUGGUGGAGCUCCUGGUGCUGGCAGGGGCUCGCUUGGGGGACCGAGGGCCAGCCCCCCCCCUCCGGUACGCCCUGGAACGCGAAGACUCUGUGCGGCUGUCGCUAGGAAACGGCACCAGCGUCAACCAGCAGGACGGGGACGGGUGCACUUUGCUGGCCAGCGCUGCCCACAGUGGCAACCAUGAAGUGGUUGGGCUGCUCUUGACUCACGGGGCGCGGCCUGAAGCCCCCGAUCAGCACGGACAGACGCCCAUGACCUUGGCUGCCCGCCAGGGGCACACAAAGGUCCUGCUUUGCCUGCUGGCCCACAGGGCCAACGUCGAUUGCUCAGACCACAAAGGCUGGACCGCUCUGCGGGCAGCUGCCUGGGGGGGUCACAGCGAGGCUGUGGAUGUGUUGCUGCGAGCCGGGGCCAGCGUGGAUUGCGCCGACACAGAGGGGAGAACGGCACUGAGGGCGGCUGCCUGGGGUGGCCACGAGGACAUCGUGGCCACCCUGUUGGGACGUGGGGCAGAUGUCAACCUGGCUGAUUCUGAGGGGCGCACUCCGCUCAUUGCUGCUGCCUACAUGGGACAGGGAGGGAUUGUGGCUGUACUGCUGGCCCGUGGGGCUCAUGUUGACCAUGCUGACGUGGACGGGCGCACAGCCCUCUCCGUGGCAGCUUUAUGCAUUCCAGCAAGCCGCGGCUGUGCCAAGGUGGUAGAGCUUCUCUUGGAUCAUGGUGCUUCCCCAGGGCACGCUGACUGGGACAACGUGACCCCCUUGCUGGUAGCUGCCUACGAAGGCCGGGCGGACGUUGUUGAGCUCUUGUUGGAAGCCGGGGCUGAUGUGGAUGCGGCUGAUUCCAGGGGCUGCACCCCACUCUUGGCUGCUUCUGCAACAGGUCACAGGGCAGUCGUAGAGACCUUGCUGCUUUGGGGCGCAGCCACGGACACGCUGGACAGCGAGGGCCGGACUGCUCUGGGCAUUGCAGCUGGACAGGGCAGCGAAGCCGUUGUCCGGGCUCUGCUAAAGCGGGGCUUGGAUGAGAAUCACCGGGAUGGGAUGGGCUGGACCCCAUUGCACCUAGCUGCCUGGCAGGGCCACCACAAGACUUGUGCGGCCCUCCUGGAGGCUGGAGCCCGCGUAGGCGAGCCAAAUCAGGAUGGACGGGUCCCACUGAUGCUGGCAGCCCAGGAGGGGAAUGCUGAUACUGUGCAGCUCUUGCUUGCGCACUGCUCCCCUAUCGACCACCAGGGGUACGAUGGGCUUUCUGCCUUGGCUUUGGCUAUGCUAGGUGGGCGCCGCAGCACUGCUGAGCUGCUUCUGCGCAAGGGGGCAGAUGUCAACUUGUCCGACUCUGAGGGUCGCCCCAUGCUCUACCUCCUGAUGCUGGAGGGGUGCGUGGAGAUGGCCGAAUUGUUACUGGAGAACGGGGCCAGCUUGGAGGGGUGCGACGCCCAGGGCCGCACUGCGUUGCACGUCACGUGCUGGCAGGGGCAAGUGGAGGCCGCUCAGCUGCUGCUGAGCUAUGGUGCCGACGUGGAUGCCCUCGAUAAGGAACGCCGCUCAGCCUUGCACCUGGCUGCCUGGCAGGGCCACAGGAGGAUUGCACACCUGUUGUUGGAGCAAGGAGCGCAGCCCAACCACAGUUGCAACCAAGGGGCCACAGCCCUGGGUGUGGCAGCGCAGGAAGGCCGAGCUGAUUUGGUGAGGGUUUUGUUGGCACAUGGUGCCAGCCCCAAUGUCCGGGACAAGGCCGGGCGCACCCCCAGGCGGAUGGCAGCCAAGCAGGGCCACCAGGUGGUGCUUAAGCUGCUGGAGGGCUACGGGACUUUGCCCAUGCCCGCCUCUCCCCAGCCGGGCUCCUCCAGCAGCUCAGCCAGCAGCCCUGCCCCGCCAGGCCAGCAGGACGACUCUCCCUCAGCCUUGCUGGGUUCCACCGGCGAGCCCUGCAAGUCGCAGGCUUCCCGUGGCUCUUCAGCCGCCGCAUCCACUUUUCACUCUCUCACUACCCUCCAGACAGUUCCGACCGACAUGCUCGCUGGGGCGCAGCAGGUACAGCCGCGCUCCCCAACCCAUCGGCACCAGCCAGGCCUCUUGGCACUUCCACCCUCUGUAGCGCAGGAUGGGCGUAGCCGGGAAUUGGGGAGGCCCCUGAUCGCCACUGACACCCUGGCCCCCCACCUGCACCUUAAGGCAGCCAUCAAGUUGCAGUUUGAGGGCCCCACUUGUAGUUAUCACUAUAAGCAGGAAACUCCCCUUUGAACGGUGGGGGCAAAUCUCUGCAGGUAUCCUCGCAAUGCCAGCAUGGCAGGUCUGCCAGGGUGCUCUCCUUGGCAUGGUGUGCUUUGGCACUCAGGGCUGCCUCUCUGGCAGGCUAGGAA